AUGGUUUCAGAAAAGGUCAAGGAAGAAGUCGAGCAGCGCAAUAUUGCCCUAGUCGCAAAUUGUCGGGCCGAACACACCUUCCCCGCCGAAAAACUCUCAUCUUUCGACUUUUACAAGUCCAUUGGAUCGCCCAAGUAUGUCGUCGCCCCUAUGGUCGACCAAUCCGAACUUGCCUGGAGGAUUCUUUCUCGACGCUAUAACGCCGAUCUGUGCUACACCCCCAUGUUCAACGCCAAGCUGUUUGCCAAGGAGGAGAAGUACAGGGAUGAACAUUGGGCUGGACUCAAGAGUGGACUCGGUGGCGGAGGACCUAAUGACAGGCCCUUGAUCGUUCAGUUCUGCGCCAACGACCCAGAGUACUUGCUGCAGGCAGCAUUAAUGGUGGCGCCCUACUGCGACGCAGUCGACAUCAACCUCGGAUGCCCCCAGCACAUUGCCAGGAGAGGACACUACGGUUCUUUCCUCAUGGAGGACUGGCCGCUGAUCUCGUCCCUCAUCUCCACCCUCCACAAACACCUCCCAAUCCCCGUCACUGCCAAAAUCAGAGUCUUCCCCGAAGCCGAAAAGACGGUUGCCUAUGCCAAGAUGGUCGUCGACGCCGGAGCCCAGAUCUUGGUCGUACACGGACGUUUGCGGGAGAUGAAGGGUCACUUGACAGGAGUCGCGGAUUGGGAGAAAAUUCGACUUGUUCGGGAGGCGGUUGGACAUCGGGUCCCUGUUAUCGCCAACGGAAACAUUUUAUACCACGAGGAUCUAGAACGGUGUAUGGAAAAGACUGGAUGUGACGGUAUCAUGUCGGCAGAGGGAAACCUCUACAACCCAGCCAUUUUCACACCUGAGCUCCCCCAGUCCUGGAAGCUUGCAGAGGAGUACUUGACGAUCUGCGAUGAACACGACACCAAGCUCGCUUAUACCCGUGGACACUUGUUCAAGAUCUUCCGCCCUAGCUUGGUCAUACAUACCGACUUGCGGACCGAACUUGGAAUGGCCACCACACGGGAGGAGCUCUGGACUAUCACCCGCAAGCUGAAGGACAGACUGAUCCAGGAUGCAGAGACUUCACGGAUGGAGGGAGAGAGCUUUGAGGGACGGGUCGAUGAUCAGGGUUUCCCCAUCUUGCCUCACUGGUUGGCUCAACCCUACUUUAGACAGCCAAUGCCUGACCAGAGCAAGAAGGAGGCUGGUCAGGAAGGCGCCAGCGAAACCGAUACCACAGCCACAACCUUAGGGUCAAAACGGACGGCCGACGAGGCAGCUCAAGGCGAAGACAGCGAAACCGCUACUGCCACCGCCACCACAUCAUCGGGAAAAGUCAGGAAGAUCAAGCCCAAAAAGACUAAAGUUCAGGCGAACCUCUGCCAGUCGGAUCAAUGCCUCAACACCUUUUCCGCCAAGUGCGUCCACCAGAGGUGUAAGGGCUGUUGCAGACUCCAUCAGCGCGAGACCUCCAUCUUUGACUGCGAACCCCAUGCAAUUCGGUCCAUGGUGCAGGAGCAACAGCCCAAGGGUGAUUCGCAGGAGACUACCGUAGCCAUUGCCAUUGACGUAUCAGUUUCUGCUGAUGCACCUACCGCUGCUGAUGAAAAGAAGUCGACAUAA